AUGUCACUCUCCCUGGCAACCUUGCUUGGAAUGGCUUCCGCAGCGGCCCUUGCAUCACCUGUGGCACCCGAUGUUCCUUUCGAUUGGCAAAAGACCGAAUAUGUUUUAGGAUUUGGAGAUUCCUAUACAUUCGUUCAAGGAACCUACGGCUGGCCGAGCUACAGCUUUAUCGGAUCCCAGUUGAACAUCUCUUUCACUCCGGAGCAGCUUCUUUCUGAUCGUAUUGUUCCCGGGCAGAAUACAUCUUCCGCAGGCGGUCCUAAUUGGAUCCAAGAAUUGACUGGAUGCAAAGAGGGUCUACCACGAGAGUGUGAGGUCCAAUUAUGGAAUUUUGCCUUCGCUGGUGCCGAUAUCUCUACUACUUUUGUUCCUCUUCACCAUGACUACACCACGUCAUACCUGAACCAGAUCUGGCAGUGGAAUACAUAUGCAAAGUCGGUCAUCGAUGCCGACACUAAGAAGUCUUUGGUAGCCUCUUUCAUCGGAAUCAAUGACAUCAACGACAUGGCAAACUUUGAAUUUCCCUUCCAGAACCUCACAAACUUUGAGGAACUGUACACAGCGGCCAUUGCAGAACAGUUUGAAGGCCUUGAGACAGUUCACGACGCCGGAUUCCGCAAUUAUCUGUUCCUGAACCUGCCUCCUUUGGACAAAACUCCGGCUUCUCAAACAAACCCUAGCCGUAAGCCGGAUACGCAGAUGAUCAACACGUUUAACAGCGUUGUCAAUCAAACUGCCAAGGCGUUCACUGAGAAGCAUCCGGGAACAACUGCCCUGGUGUUUGAUACCUACAGCUGGCUCACUCAUGUCUUCAACAACGCAGCGUCAUUUGGAAUUACGAAUACUACGUCAAUCUGUCCCAAAGCCAAAGCUUGGGAUAUUGCCACAAACUAUGCGUCCUACGGUUGCCAACCCGUCGCUGAAUACUUCUGGUACGACUCAGGUCAUAUCACGUACAGUGUUCAGGAACUCCUUGGCUCGAAGGUAGACGAAUUUUUAGCUCAGAAGAGUGGAAAGUGUGGCUCUUCGGAUAACUCGCAGGUAUCGUGGGGCACCCGAUGGAUCAACGGCAAAGCUACCUAG